AUUUGUUUUUAUGUAACAUACUAGCCGUAGCUGCUUUCAACUGACGUCCUAGCUUAUGUGGAGUUGUCUUUUCUCUGUAAGCAUGGUUGCGUUUCAGCAGCCUUUCUGAUGUCAGAUAAGCGUCAGCGAGCCAGAGUCCAGGGCUCCUGGGCCAAACCCCUGCCAAAACCCUCUGGACCAUCAGGUGCAGUUCCAAACAAUCAACAACCAAAAAAUGCACCUAAUUCUUGGGGAUGUGAUCCACAGAAAACACCUAAGACAUUUGAGUUUCACCAGCCCUCCAAGCCAGUUAGGGAUGUUCCACCAGAGAAGGUGAUCGAGCAGGCAGGUGAUCAUGAGAUCAGCCUUGGACCAUCAGGAGUGUCCAGACUGCGGCUGCUUCCCGGGUUUCUUGCCCCAAAAGAUGCUGACUGGAUGUUCAGUAAGCUGUUAGCAGAGCUUCCCUGGUCCCAGAAGACCAACUACAGACAGGGUGAGGCCUACGAGGAGCCCAGGCUGACUUGCUGGUAUGGAGAGUUGCCCUACACAUACGCUCGCUCCACCAUGCCUGCUAACACACAGUGGCAUUAUUUGCUGUCGAACCUUCGCGAGGAAGUGGAGCAGGCGAGCGGAUGCAGCUUCAACUCCCUGCUGUGUAACCUGUAUCGGGACUGCCACGACAGCAUCGGCUGGCACAGCGACGAUGAGGCCUCCUUGGGUAACACGCCCACCAUCGCCUCCCUCAGUCUGGGCGACACCAGAAUGUUCAGCCUCCGCAAGCAGCCUCCACCGGAGGAGAAUGGUGACUACACUUAUGUGGAGAGGAUUCGGGUUCCUCUGAGUAACGGGACACUUCUGCUGAUGGACGGAGCUACACAAGACGAUUGGCAGCAUCAAGUGGCUAAAGAGUACCACGACCGAGGCCCACGCAUCAACUUGACCUUCAGAACUACCUACCCAGAGCCGGCGGGCCACAGGCCGGGGACGAAGCUGCGAUUCACACCCAGCCGAACAUAAACUCCCCUCAGAGUCUGAGGUUCUUCUGGAUUUCAAAUGCUGAUCCUAGAGCCUAGAUGCUAGAUCUGAUGGUUGCAGUGUGUCGUCGUCCUUCUCAGAGAGCAUGCAGGUCAUUUAAGCCGGUGUACAGCGUGAACAACAGCUCAAACGGGGAGAUUUGCGGCUCAGCGUGAAUUCACCUCUUGCAUAAUUGAAGCAUAAUAACUCUGCAGUGGUGAUUAUCAGACAUGAGUGUGUUCAGAGGAGCUAAAGCAGCAGAACGGUUGAUCAUGAAGGUUUACAGGCUGGAUAAAAUAUCAGCUCUGCGUAUUACUUUGACUUUAUUUAUUUGUUAAGCACAGACGGUUGUUUCUGUUCGUUUCACUUUGUAAUUUGAUGACAUUUUUGCUUCGUACGUCAUGAAAAGUGUCUUUACAAAAGUGUCCUCAUGACAACAAGUCACUGUUGAUGGGACUUUUGGUGCAGUGCCAUGAAAUGCAAAUGGUUUCCUCCCUUGUUUAUCUUCUGGAGCUUUUUGGAGGGAACAUUGUUGCUAUAAAAAGAGAAGGAACAAGUAAAGUGGCCACUUCAGCCAAUUACAGCUCAUCAGGACUGGAAUUAGUUAAUUGUCCUGUUGAACACGUUUUGUCUGUUCAGACCCUCAAACGGGUCCUUCAGGUUUUUAAAACCUCGUGUUUUAAUGAAGCAGAAUAUUUAAACUACUGUAGUAAAAGUACACAAGACUCCGACAGCCAUAACUUUAGCUUUAAAAGCCUGAAAUAAACAUAAUAAACCAACGGGAACUACUAAUGCUCUCGGCAACACUAUUAAAAGGUAACAUGCACUUACAAAUACAUGACUUUGAGGUUCCUUUAGGUUUAACUUCAUGACUUUUUGUUCCAUUAUUAUGUUCAAACAUGACAUAAGUGUAACAGAUAGGACAUCAAUACUUGUACAUGUAGAAAGUACUUCUGUUUAUUUUGUGACACUAAAGAGAUGCAUGAGGUGUUCUUGAUUGCUGUAGUUCUGAAAUAAACAAUUGUCUCUGAAUUAUCUUGGAUUGUGUCCUAUGUUCCAAAAUAACCAAAUGUGUGUCCAUUAAAA